AUGCGUCUAUCGCCACCUAGAGUCAAUUGGGUGUUCCUCUUACUGCAGAUAAUAGGGUUGGUUUUUUCAAAAUCCUUUGAAGCCUUUUCCUUCAAUAGAUUUGAAUUAGAGCAUUACAAAAAUGAGACAAAAGAGCUAUUUGAUUUUGCUUUUGAUAACUACCUUAAGUUGGGCUUUCCGUAUGACGAGCUUUACCCCAUUAAAUGUGGACCAAAGACCAGGAACUUCACGUCACCAAGUGAAAUUGCGAACGACGUCUUGGGUAACUUCUCUGCGACUUUAAUUGAUUCGCUCACUACUCUUGCGGUAAUGGGUGAUUCCAUUAGGUUUGAAAAUGCCGUCAAUCUGAUUAAAAACUACGUCCCUAGGGACUUUGAUAUAGAUUCGACCAUUCAAAUUUUCGAAACCACCAUUAGGAUUGUGGGCGGUUUGCUUUCUGGUCAUUUGUAUGCUACCGAUCCCGCCAAGAAGGUUUUUCUGGGGAGUAGAUAUGAUGGUCACCUAUUAGAGAGCGCCAAAGCUUUAGCAGACCGUCUCCUACCUGCUUAUUUGACUCAAACCGGAUUGCCCAUACCACGAAUUAAUCUCAAACAUGAAUUUAACAACCUAUCUCCAGAGUUGGUAGAUGAGAACAACCCUGUUGCCAUGGCUUGUCCUAUGGUUGAGUUUACGCUCCUAUCUUACCUCACAUAUGAUGACAAAUAUAGACAUGUUACGCGCUAUGCUUUCAAUAAGACAUGGGCUCAAAGAAGUGACCUAAACCUACUUCCAAUGUCAUUCAACCCACAAAAUUCAUUACCAUACAAUCAACUCACAGGGAUAGGUGCGUCAAUUGAUUCUUUCUAUGAAUAUGCUUUGAAAGGCGCCAUUCUGUUUGAUGAUGAGCAUUUAAUGCAGGUCUGGGAGGAUGCCUAUCUUGCACUGAAAGUGAAUGCAAAGGGGGACUGGUUUUUUUCCAACAUUGACUCAGAAUAUGGACAAACCGCAACUCCCUGGAUAGACUCUUUGAGCGCAUUCUUUCCUGGGUUACAGGUUUUAGGCGGGGACGUUGACGAUGCCAAAUUCAAGCACGUUAUGUUUCUUAAACUUUGGAAUACAUAUGGGGGCAUUCCAGAGAGAUGGAACUUUCAAAUAGCCGAAAAAGAAGGGACUAAUGAGGCACAGUUGAAAGAUCUGGAUGAGAGUGCAAAAUCUACGAUCGCCCUGGAGUGGUAUCCUUUAAGACCCGAAUUUAUUGAGUCAACGUAUUUUCUUUAUAGGGCCACCAAGGAUCCGUUUUAUCUUCAUAUAGGGUGGAACAUCCUACAAAACUUCAAGAAACAAUUUCGAACUGAGUGUGGGUUUGCAGGCCUGCAAGAUGUGAUCACUGGAGAGCCGCAAGACCGUAUGGAAACGUUUGUGCUGAGCGAGACUUUAAAAUACUUAUACUUACUAUUUGAUGAGAACAAUGAGCUUCAUUUUGAUCGAGGGAACGUUCUUUUUAGUACCGAAGCCCAUCCAUUUUGGCUAACGGUGGAGAUGAAACGAAACUAUGAGAGACACCGAUUUUUCAACGAUAGGCUCUAUAAACGACAUUUAAAGAAUGUCGAGCAGCGGGAACUAAGCGCACAAAGAGGGUCACCGCUGUUUCACAUGUUUCGCGGAUUGAGCAAUUCGAUCUUUCCCAAAGAUCUUUCGGUAGAGACGAGAGCGAGAAGUACUACAGCGUACCAACCGGACAUCGUAAACCGAGUUUGCCCUAAUUUAGAGAAUCUACAGUGCUCAAAAAACACCAUGUCAUCGCCAAUGUUGACUUCCUUUGACAGGUUAUUUGAGGUGAAUUGGAGAUAUGCUGCAACGUUGAUUCAACCGUCCCGUCUCCUGGGAAGUACCCCUAUGGAAUUAACACAACCAUUCUACGACAGGUGGUACGAUCCUGCACAGAGCAAGUGCCGCGUUAAACCGACUACACUAUCAUUCGAAAUGGCUUUCGAUGCGUCUCUCCCCGGAGGACAGACGAAAAAUUCGAACGUUACCGCAAAUUCACUUAAUGUAAACACCCUUGCAGGGUAUAGAUUGAGGAUCGAGGUGUUAACGCCCGGAGCUACUGACAUUUACGGAAUGGUGCUGGAUACAAGGUACUUUACCAAUAUUUCUCUGAAGAAUGUUCAUAGCCCUCGAUCAUGUCUGCAAUUCGGUAACAGAUCUCCUGCUUCCGUCUAUCGCAUCACAGCAAUCGAUGGCACGCCAUUGCCUAAUGGUUUUAAGGUUAAACUGAAUAAGGAACCCUUGUUUUCAAGCAGUUCUGACGUGAGCUCCCUAGGUUACAACUCCCAAAAUAUUUUACUCCUAGACUGUGUGCCAGUAGUUAAUGCCCGAUUAGCUGCAUGA